UCCUCUCGAACGUAUAAGAGACCGCAAUGUGAACGGACUACAGCAUUCUCUGUGAAAGUGCUUGUGACAAUGUCGGCAAGAGGAAAGGGCAGUGGGAAAGCUCGCUCCAAAGCGAAGUCUCGGUCGUCUCGGGCUGGCCUGCAGUUCCCGGUGGGCCGUGUUCACAGGCUCCUGAGAAAGGGUAACUAUGCUGAGCGUGUGGGUGCCGGAGCGCCGGUCUAUCUGGCUGCGGUGCUGGAGUAUCUGACGGCUGAGAUCCUGGAGCUGGCCGGCAACGCGGCCCGGGACAACAAGAAGACCCGCAUCAUCCCCAGGCACCUGCAGCUGGCCGUGCGCAACGACGAGGAGCUCAACAAGCUGCUGGGAGGGGUGACCAUCGCUCAGGGCGGGGUGCUGCCUAAUAUCCAGGCCGUGCUGCUGCCCAAGAAAACCUCCGCUGCUGGAUCUGCUAAAAAGUGAAGAGACCAUUCUUGAAUCUGACAACCCAAAGGCUCUUUUCAGAGCCA